AUGUUUGUGGAUUUCAAAUUUUCAAAAAAAUCGGAGUCAAAAAAGCACAUUCUGGUUUAUUCAUCAGCUGUACCACAAACUGAUGCUGCUAUGUUUGGAGUGCCGGCUACGCCUUCUAUUACUCCUAGUAUGUUUAUUAAGUAAGGUUGGGUAAGACUUGGGGUAUAAUAGCAUAAAAAUUAACGUAGGGUAUGGCAGGUUAAGCCUUAGAGUAGGGGUGGGGUACAGCAGGGUAGGGCGGGAAACUUUAGGGCAUGGCAAGGUAUGCCUUAAUGUAGGGCAGGGUAAGUCUGGGGCAAGGUCAGAGUAAGCCUUAGUGUAGGGCAGGGUAAGCUUUAGGGUAGGGCAAGGAUAAGCUUUAAAAUAGGGCGUGAUAAACUGUAGGAUAAGGCAGUAUAAGCCUUUGUGUAGGGUAGGCCACGGUAAACUUUUAUGUAGGGCACGGUAGAACAUAGUAAGCCUUAGGAUAAGGCAUGAGUAAGCAGCUUUAAAGUAGUAUAAUAUAGACUGUAGGGUAGGCUAGGAUAAGAUUUUGGGUAGGAUAGGGCUGGGCAGGAAAAGUUUUAAUGUAGGGUAGGGUAAGACUUAGGGUAAGGCGAAUUAAGGCGUAGGGCACGGUAAGCCUUAAUAGAUGUUAGUUUAAUUAUUAGGGUACUACAGGGUAAACUUUAUAGUAGGGUAGAGUUUAGUCUAGCUUAGCUAGAGGCUCCAACCCAGAGCCCUAUUCCAGCCCGAAGGUUAGCUCAAAACACUAGAUCGGAGCGGUUUUAACUAGCUUUUUUAGACAUUGCUUAUGGUUACACUCCAGAUAUGACAUUUUAUGAAAGAGUCCAGAACUUUUUGUCAUAUUGGGUCAAUCACUUUGUCAUGUUGGAAGUCUUAAAAGGAGAGCCGGCCAAGGCGUACAAGAAUGUUUUUGGUGUCGAUUUUGAUUACCAGGUAACUAAUGUUUUAACAUACCCUGUCCUGUGCUCUGCCGUACAAAGCAUUUUGGUUCUGUGCUCUGCCCUGUAUCCAGCCUUGCUCAACUGUACCUAAAACAACUUUCUUUAGCAAGCCUUCGCCGAAAGCCAGUACGUCUUUGUCAAUACUGAUGAGCAUCUGGACUUUCCUCAGAUUAUAACUCAAAAGAGGGUUCAUAUUGGUGGUCUAGGAAUGCAGAACAAUGACCUUACCGUGGAAUUACCUCAGGAAAUGGCACAGAAGAUCAAGGAAUUUAAGCAAGGAUUCGUCUUGGUAUCGUUUGGUACGGUAGCUUCUAGUUACAGUAUGCCGGAGCAUGUGAAGACGGCUUUUAAAGAGGCGUUUCAAAUGUUUCCUGAGGUUUUGUUUGUAAUGAAAUAUGAAAAAGAUGAUGAAUAUGCGAAGGGCGUGAAGAAUAUUUAUAAAGUGAAGUGGCUACCUCAACGAAGCUUGUUAAGUAGGUACUGUAAUGUUAAAGGGAAGGAUUGAAGCUGAGGUAGGAUAGGUUUUUAAGGUACUGCAGGGUAUGGUAAAGGGCUGUAGGGAAGGGUAUAAGAGGCAGUAGAGUAGGAUAGAGUAAGCAGUAGGGUAGGGUACAGCAAACACUGAGGUAGAAUACAGAAAGCGGGAUAGGGUAGGGUAAAGCGAGCGCUAGGGUAUGGUAGAACAAGCAGUAGGGUAGGGUAGAGAAAGCAGUAGGGUAGAGCAAGCACUGGGGUAGGGCAGAGGAGGAAGUAGGGCUGGGUAGGGUAAGUUUAUGCAAGGGCAGAGUAAUUCUUAUGGUAAGGUAGAAUGGGGUAGGGCAGGGCCGAAAACGACUAGGGCAUGAGUGUGGCAGGGUAAGAAAGAGUAGAUUUUUGAAUCUAGGGUGUGGAUUUUUCAAUUUGGAGUAGAUUUUUUAAGGUGGGGGAGAUUUUUAAAGGCAGGGUAGAUUUUUGAAUAUAAGGGGUGAUUUUUCAUGGCAGAUCGAAGUUUUAAGGCAGGGGAGAUUUUCCAAGGAAGGGUAAAUCAGGAUAUUGUAAUGCAGGGUAGGGUAAUAAUAAUUGCACUACUUUAGACCAUCCAAAAGUGUUGGCUUUCAUUACCCAUUCCGGUAUGAAUAGUGUCACGGAAGCUACAAAUGCUGGUGUUCCAAUGGUCAACGUGCCAUUAUUUGCCGACCAAAUGUAUAAUUCAGCUAUGGCGAUUUCAAAAGGCGUUGGUUAUCGACUGGACAAGUUUAAGAUAACGAAGAAUACUGUAGUUGAAGCGCUUCGUACUGUUAUUCAAGAUGAGAGGUAAGCGAUGCCCUACCCUAACUACCCUACCCUAUUCAACCCUACCCUAUUUAACCCUACCCUACACCACUCUACCCUACCCUGCCUUACCCUACGCUACCCUACCCUACCCUACCCUACCCUACCCUACCCUACCUUACCCUACCCUACUCUACUACGCUACCUUACCCUACCCUACUUUACCGUACUCUACCGUAUCCUAUUCUAUCGCAACCUACCCUACCUAACUCUUCCAUACCUUACUUUAAAUUAAUGUACUUUAUUGACCAAGUCUAAGCUACGUUAAGUUAUUUUAAGAUGCCUUACUCUAUUCUACCUCAUGGCCUACCUUAUGUUAUUUUACUUUGGUGUGCCUUACUGUACUUUAAUUUAACCUACUCUACCUCGCUAAUAAGUCCUACGCUAUUUUACCCUUAUCUUACCUUACCUUACCUUACCUUACCUUACCUUACCUUACCUUACCUUACCUUACCUUACCUUACCUUACCUUACCUUACUCUAUCAUAACUUAUCUUACCUUAUCUUAAAUAGGUAUAUGUUAUUGUAUUGUAUUCUACCCUACUUUAUACUAAACUUACAAAGUUUUAGUUACAAAAAGCGAUCCAAAGAGCUCUCCAGAAUGAUAAGGGCCAAGCCAAUGAGUCCAGACGAGAGAAUUCAGAAAUAUUCAGAGUUCGCUGCUGAGUUCAAUAUAGCUGACAAUCUAGACAUAUAUGGAAGAGAUUUUAGUGCUUUUAAAUUUUACUCUAUUGAUAUCAUGUUAUUUUUGUCGACAUUUACUAUGAUAGUAUUAUAUAGUAUUGUAAAAAUUUUAAAAGUUGUUUUAAGGCUAUGUUGCAGUAGAAAAGAUAAAGAAGAAUAAACUAAGGAUAAAAUGUAAAAUACGAGUCGUGUUGGCAAGAACUUACUUUACAAAACAAAAAACGGCAAGAACUUUCUUUACAAAACAAAAAACGGCAAGAACUUUGUUUACAAAACAAAAAAUGGCAAGAACUUUCUUUACAAAACAAAAACUUGCCAAAAUAUGUCUAUUUCAUACCUAUUUUAAUCAAAAAAACUCAGAACUUUCAGGCACAGGACUUUUUACUGAGUAUUCUCUAUCGUAUAAGUUGAGUUUUGCAGUCUGCACAGCUCAAACAAUUUGA